UUAUGGCUCGCUUUGCUGCCGGGCUGGCCGCGCAGGGCCGACGGGUGGUGCUGGUCACGUCCGGCGGAACCAAGGUCCCCUUGGAAGCCCGGCCAGUGCGCUUCCUGGACAACUUCAGCAGCGGGCGGCGCGGCGCUGCCUCGGCGGAGGCCUUCCUGGCCGCGGGCUACGGGGUCCUGUUCCUGUACCGCGCUCGCUCCGCCUUCCCCUUUGCCCACCGCUUCCCGCCUCAGAGCUGGCUGUCGGCGCUGCGGCCGUCGGGACGAGCCUCCUUGGGCUUGCUGAGUCUGGAGGCGGAAGAGAAGGCACUCCCGGGCUUCGCUGCAGCUCUGCGGAGCUACCAGGAAGCUGAGGCUGCCGGCACCUUCCUGGCUGUAGAGUUCGCCACUUUGGCAGACUAUUUGCAUCUGCUGCAGGCUGCAGCCCAGGCGCUCAGUCCUCUAGGCUCUUCUGCGAUGUUUUACCUGGCUGCGGCCGUGUCAGAUUUCUAUGUUCCUGUCUCUGAAAUGCCUGAACACAAGAUCCAGUCAUCUGGGGGCCCACUGCAGAUAACGAUGAAGAUGGUGCCAAAAAUGCUUUCUCCUUUGGUUAAAGACUGGGCUCCCAAAGCAUUUAUAAUUUCCUUUAAGUUGGAGACUGAUCCCUCCAUCGUAAUUGACCGUGCACGGAAUGCUUUGGAAAUUUAUCGACAUCAAGUGGUGGUGGCUAACAUCCUUGAGUCACGACGGUCCUUUGUGGUUAUUAUAACCAAAGACUCAGAAACCAAGUUAUUGCUAUCGGAGGAAGAGGUAGAAAAAGGCAUAGAGAUAGAAGAGAAGAUAGUGGAUGAUCUUCAGUCUCGACAUACAGCUUUUAUACAUGACAAAAACUGAAGUAAAAAGCCUUAUUUAUAGGAUCAAAAAUUAUUCAGUGGACCAGAGCUCUUACAGAUGAUGAGAACUAGAAUAAAUCCUUUGCUUUCAUAAAGACCAAGAAAAUGAAGGGGGAAAGCAGUGAAUGGUAUACAGGCAAAUGGCUUAGUAUUUGCCUUUUAAAGAUCAUUUCAUACUCAUAAAAAAUGAAAACAAAGGCAAAGUAAUUAUGACCAAACCACCCAACACACUCACCUGAAUGUUAUCUUGGUUUUGAAAGUGAACUUGAGCUGUUUCUCACCUUUUAAAAAAAAGAGCUUAUUGGGAAUUAUAUUCCUCAAGACACACGUUUGGGGCCUGAAUAUCAAUCUUCACACUGUAAGAAGGAUGGAUGCAUGAAUGGCCAUGCUUUGAGGAUCAGAUAUUUGUUGAUGCCUACUAUGUGGUAGGCCCUGAGGAUUCUGAGAAUUAAAAAGAUGAAUAAACAUACCUAGUUUGGGAAAUGGAUAUAUAAAAAAUUAAGUGCAAUAAAGUAUGUGCUCUAAAGCCAA